AUGCCUGCCACGGCCACGUCUGCCACGGCCUGGUUGAUAGCUGAUUGUUGCGACGACUUGCUCCUUGUCCGCUACCAAGAACCACCAAAAAAAGUCAAAAUGGGCAUCGACAUCCGCCGCCACCACGUCAAGAAGGGCGCUCGCCAGGCCCCCAAGUCCGAGGACCCGUACCUCCUCCUCCUCGUCAAGCUUUACCGCUUCCUUGCCCGCCGCACUGAGUCGCGCUUCAACAAGGUCGUCCUUAAGCGUCUCUUUAUGAGCAAGAUCAACCGCCCCCCCAUCUCGCUCUCGCGCAUCGUCAAGGAGACCAAGGGCUCGAACCCCGACAACUCCAAGACUGUCGUCCUCGUCGGCCGUGUCCUCGACGACGAGCGCAUGCCCACCCUCCCCAAGCUCUCGGUCGCCGCCCUCGGCUUCUCUGCCUCGGCCAAGGCCCGCAUCGUCGCUGCCGGCGGUGAGGCUCUUACCCUCGACCAGCUCGCCCUCCGUGCCCCCACCGGCUCGAACACUGUCCUCCUCCGCGGCAAGCGCAACGUCCGUGAGGCCGUUGCCCACUUCGGCGGCCCCCUCAAGGGCGCCAAGCCCUACGUUCAGUCCAAGGGCCGCAAGUUCGAGAAGGCCCGUGGUCGCCGUGCUUCGCGUGGCUUCAAGAUCAAGUCGAGCCACAAGUAA